GUUUAGUACAACUUUUGACGAUGUCCUCUCUAAGAACCAAACAUCUCCCAGCUUUGCUGAGGGAUUUAAAGAGAACUCACAUACUCUACUUCCAAAAAUGGACUUCACAGUCAGUUGCACUAAAAACAAUAGACAAGGUUCUCAUAGCCAACCGUGGAGAAAUAGCAUGUCGUGUGAUGAAAACUGCCAAAAGACUGGGUAUUCGUAGUGUGGCAGUGUAUAGUGAGGCAGACAGGCAUUCAAUGCAUGUUGCAAUGGCUGAUGAGGCUUAUCACAUAGGUCCACCUGCAGCAUCUGAAAGCUACUUAAGGCAAGACAAAAUUCUCAAUGUUGCUAAACUAUCAGGAGCCCAGGCCAUUCAUCCUGGUUAUGGUUUCUUGUCAGAAAAUGUAGAAUUUGCUGGUGCUUGUGAGAAAGAAAAUAUUAUCUUUAUUGGACCACCAGCUACAGCUAUUCGUGAUAUGGGGAUUAAAAGCACAUCAAAACACAUUAUGUCAGCUGCUGGUGUGCCCAUUAUACAAGGUUACCAUGGAGAAGACCAAACUCUUGAUAAACUCAAAUCAGAAGCUGCUAAAAUAGGAUAUCCUGUGAUGAUUAAGGCAGUUAGAGGAGGAGGUGGUAAGGGUAUGAGAAUAGCAAUGAAUGAAUCAGAAUUUGAAAGUCAAUUGCAAUCAGCCAAAACAGAAGCCAUGAAAUCUUUUGGAGAUGAAAUUAUGUUGCUUGAAAAAUUUGUGGAGAAUCCAAGACAUGUGGAAGUGCAAGUUUUUGGUGAUCACCAUGGCAACUAUGUGUACUUGUUUGAAAGAGACUGCAGUGUACAAAGAAGGCAUCAAAAAAUUAUUGAAGAAGCUCCAGCUCCAGGACUAACAGAAGAAGUGAGGAAACAAAUUGGUGAGGCAGCAGUAAGAGCAGCUAAAGCAGUCAGUUAUGUUGGGGCAGGAACUGUGGAGUUUAUCAUGGACAAGAACCUGAAGUUUUAUUUCAUGGAGAUGAAUACCAGACUACAGGUGGAGCAUCCAAUAACAGAGAUGAUAACUGGCACUGAUUUGGUGGAGUGGCAGCUGCGAGUGGCUUCAGGAGAGAAGAUACCCAUGAAACAAGAAGAGAUAAAAAUUCGUGGUCAUGCUUUUGAAGCUAGAAUUUAUGCAGAGGACCCUGACAAUGGGUUUAUGCCAGGUGCCGGGCCAUUGUUACACCUGACUACACCUACACCUGGUAAAGACCUGAGGAUUGAAACAGGUGUAAGACAAGGAGAUGAAGUAUCAGUACACUACGACCCAAUGAUUGCUAAAUUAGUUGUCUGGUCUGAUGACCGCCAUACUGCUCUCAAGCGCACAGUCUCUGCCUUACAGGAUUAUCAUAUUGUUGGACUGAAUACCAAUAUCCGUUUUCUUAUGGCUCUGGCGUCUCACCCAUCCUUCAAGGCUGGGGAUGUGAACACAGACUUUAUUCCACAGCACCAGAAGCAGCUCUUUCCUCCUCACAGUUUGAAGAGGUCCUCCUUGGCCCAUGCUUCUCUUGCUAUGGCAGCCAGACACAGGGCUAGUGUUGUUCAAGGUGCUGCAGCCUCCAAAGAUAAAUUUUCCCCGUUUGCACAGAAUAUCGGAAUACGAAUCAAUUCUUCACCAUCAUACACAAUCAACUUGCUUGAUGGAGAAACUGAGCAUAAGAUAAAGCUAGAGAAAAAAUCUAAAGAUAGCUGGCAUGUGUCAGUAGACAAUGGAGAACCUAUGCUAGUCACUGACAUCAGUCUGAGCAAUGACAGUGAUGACAAACUGACUGUCAGAUGUUGUGUAGACAAUGUAAUAUCUUCAUCUUCUGUUGUCCUAAUGGGCAGUUCUGUACACCUAUUUACAGUGGAUGGUAUCCACAGUUUGACUCAGCCAACACCCAAGUAUGUCAAGUCUGCUACAGGUGCUGGCAGUAUUUUUGAUCCCGUUGCUCCAAUGCCAGGUGUUAUAGAAAAGGUGGCAGUAGAGCCAGGAGCUAAAGUACAAAAAGGGGAUCCUCUGGUCGUGAUGAUUGCUAUGAAGAUGGAGUAUGUGAUACGAGCAGCAAAAGAUGGAGUUGUGGAGAAAGUCUUUCACAAGCCUGGUGACACUGUACCCAAAGGAAAAGUUCUGGUGCAUUUAAAAGAAGAGUAAAAGUUUUUAGGGAAAUUGAAUGUGUAGUGUACAUAUAUUACCUUAGGCUUGUUUGAGAAUUUAAUAAAACAGAGUAUUUAAUUCAGGAAAUCAACAACAAAAAAAGAAUUUCAGCUUUUUAGAAUAAAUACUCUUCGCUUUAAAUGAUUAAGAAAUACUUUGAAAUAUGUGCCGAACUGUUUGUUAAUUGAUAGCAUGUAAAUUUAUGUCAAUUUUUACCUCAGAAAUUGAUAUCUACUUUUGAAAAAUGUUUUUUCUGGUAAAGCAUUUUAAACUAAAAUACGAUGUAUAAACUUUUUGCUAUUGUGGGAAGUCUAAUGAAAUGAAAAGGUUAUUCUAUAUUCCACAUGUGAACUUAAACUUUUGAAGAUUAUUUUAUAUCAUGAACUAGACAUUAGUGAUUUGACCCUUCUUCUUCUUCUUCUUCGUUCCUAAUUAUUAGUGUUGAAGGGGAUCGAGAUUUAUCUGCCAGUGGGUUUGAACUUGAGACUUUGUUAGAAUUUAUCAACCGUGAACUUUUUGCCGACUCGACCACGCCUCCAACACAAUUAAGCGUUACGUGUCAACUGGUUAUGCGCCAUUGAGGCCAUUGACUCCAAUUUCAGCCUCCUAUUUGACCCUAAUAUGUAAAACAUUUUCAUGGUAAUAAGUUGUUAAUUAAGCAGCUGAUUUAAAGUACUCAAAUUAUGUUACUAAUUAUAUGUUGUUUAUUUGAACAAAAUACAUUCAGUUGAUAUGCUAAGUGACUGUAUUAAGUGUAAAAAAAAUAAAUGUAAUACAACUACUA